AUGGAUCGCGGUAAAUCCGGAACGGGCCUGCGGGGGACGAAAAAGCAACAGCUCAGUCACCCGCAGAGCGAACUGUACGCCCUCGGAUCGAAAUCGGCGGGCGGAAGUCGUGACGAUGGGAAAUCGCGCACACUGGUCGGUAGCGUGUCGGACCGCAAACGGGAAGCGUCCUCUUCGGUGCUGGCCAGCAGCCCGGUGGUGGCCAAAAAGCUAAAACUAUCAUCCGGCGCCACAGCGACGCUGGUCGGUGGUUCCUCCGGGCUGGUGGUUGGCGGGACGAGCAAGUCGUCGUCCGGUGGCGACAGUUCCAGUUCCAGCAGCGUCCUCGAGUACUGGGAGCAGUGUGCGAUGGAGUGCGAAUCGGUCGACCUGGCCGCCACCGUUCUGACGGCGAUCGAGCAGCAGGACAGUGACAGCGUCGUCGGGUACAUCUGCGGUGCGAUUAAGCUGUUGAUUUCACCGAAAUCCAAAUCGGAAUCCGUGCUGUCGCUGUCGCUGCUCUAUCUGGCCCGGUUGCGGCCGCAUCUGUUUUGCAACGAAACAAUCACGACGGCCCUGGUGGCCGUUCUGAAGCGUGACGGCGGUGGCAACGCGUUCAAGGGGCGCAACAAUGCCACGAUGCACAUUCUGGCCUGCAACCUGCUGGCCCGUGGUCACAGCGAUAAGAAGCAGUGGCCCGAGAGCUUCGUCCGGACGUACAUUGACGACGCGAUCAACGACCGUGUGUGGGUCGACUACGAGGAGUGCGCUCCGUUCACCGACAACAUUGUGGCCGCGUUCGGGACAAAGAUCCCGCCCAAGUGGAUGCUGCAGCCCGAGCUGAGCACCCUCAAUCCGACGUCGCGCGAAAACUCACUGCUUCCGGACGAUGAACACUCGACCGACUCCAGCGGCCUGUUUGGCGAUGCGUUGGGACGCGAUCCGGAUGCAAAUCCGCCGCGUUUCGGGCACAUUCGCGAGCAGAUCGAGCGUAUGGUGAUGGACGCGAUCAAGGACCAACUGAACCGUCGCCAGGGCCCGGACUGUUCAACGAAAAACUUCCUCCGCUUCCUGUCGCUCGCUUGCGGCAUCCUCGACGUACGGGCCUUCGUGGUGCCCCGGCUCGAGAUGUGGAUCCACAACGGGAAGCUCGUGAAACCGGUCCAGGAGCUGCUGACCUUUCUGUGCUACAACGUCACCGGGCAGAGCGCGAAAGAGCACGAAGUGCUCUCAAACUUGGCCAAAGUUCGGCUCAAAUCCAAACCCCUGAUCAACAUCUUCAUGAUCGGGCUGAAGGAGAUGAUCAACUGUCAGCCCGACAUACUGACGCCGCUGCUGAAGUACGUCGUGCAGAACGAACUGUCGAACGCGCACAACCCGAAUAACAUGGGCAUGCUGGCGAUGAUGUUCCAAACGAAACCGAACGAAUCCGCGGCCCAUCUGGCGGAGAUCUAUCAGGAAUUUCUGGUGCAACGCGAGGAUGUGCUGCGCACGCUGCGCUUCUUUCUGCGCGAGCUGGUCAAGAUGCUACGGCACGACAUCAACCUGCCGGUGUUCUGUAAAGUGCUGCUUCAGAACCGUCCCGAUCUGAUACCGCCACCGGUAGCCCCAGCGAACGGCGGAGGAACCGGAGGCGGAGGUGGCACGGGGACCGAGGUUCGCGAUCGUAUCUUUCACUCGAUCGUUGACCUCGUUUGCUUGUGCAUGUUUCUCUGCGUUACGCCACAGAUUCGCGAUGCGAACCUUUCGAUUCGCAGUGGCCGAGAGACAAAAAGUUCGCCGGCACUGAGUGCCUUCUAUCAGCAGCAAUCGAUGAUCCAAGACCAGGCCCUGGCCUGGAUGAAGGACGUGGUGCCUCGGGUCUACAAGCCGAUCGCGCUGGCCGAUUACAAGGCGGCGCUGCAAAAGCUACUGCUGCUGGACUCGCAUGAAGCGUACGCCAAGGGCGACCAGUGGCCACCGGAAGCGGAGCGGGCGCCAUUGCUGCGCAUAGUGUCGGAGAUACCGCUGCAGGAGAACGUGAUGCUGUGCUUGCUGCUGAUCGGUAUCGAAAAGGAGAUCCCAUUCUCCAUCCAGGACACGAUGGACAUUACGGAGCAGCUGGUGCGACGGGCUGGAUCGCUGCGUCAAUUCGACUACCCUCCGCUCGAGAUCACCGAUCUGAAGAUCAUCGAGCUGCUCUUCAAGAUGUCCGAGUAUCACCAUCCGGACAACAUAGUGCUGCCACCGAACUAUGAACCCCCGAAUCUGGCCAUUUCAUCGCUCUACUGGAAAACGUGGAUCAUUCUGCUGCUCAUCUCGGCCCACAACCCGUCGUCGUUCGGAUCGUUCUGUUGGGAUCAGUACCCGAUGUUGCGGCUGCUGAUGGAGAUGUGCAUCACGAACCAGAUCGCACCACCGAAAGCGACCGACGAAGAGCUGGCGGUGGCGGCCCUCGAGAAGCACCACAUCCUGGAGUUCGAGAAUCACCUGGCGUCGAAUCCGAUUACGGAGCAGAACAGUUUGCUUCUGUCGCAACUGAUCCUGAUGGACCCGCGAGGGGUGGCACGACGGCCACCGAAUCCGGUGCUCGAUCAAGUGCAGCAACUGAACGUAAGCCACCGGUUGGGUCAUCUGCUGUGCCGCAGCCGUAAACCGGACCUGCUGCUCGAGAUCAUCCAGCGCCAGGGCUCGUCGCAGUCGAUGCCGUGGUUGGCCGAUUUGGUGCAAAACUCGGAGGGAGACUUUAACCACCUACCGGUGCAGUGUUUGUGUGAGUUUUUGCUCGCAAACGCCGGCACGGUCAUCGUCGAGUCGAGUCGUGAGGCGGAACUGUUGCUGUACCUGCAGCGUGUCCUGCAGGACGAAACCGGCGAACAUCAGGCGAUGAUCGGCGAGAUACUGGAGUACUUUUUGCGCCGUCUUUCGUCCUUUUCGAGCGCCUCGCGUCAAUCGGCAAUCCGGGGGUUGAAGUUGCUGCUCAAGGUGUUCCAGGAGGAACACGAUCCGGGUGCGGCACCGAUCGAAUCGAACGCUGGCGAUUGGUUGCUGCGCUAUCUGCCGAUGAUUCCGCACUUCCCGUACGUUCGCCCGAACGUGAUCGUACAGUUGCGGGCCGCUUGUCACGUCGAGAACAUCCCGGAGCUGGUGAUGGUGUACAUCCAGUUCGUGGCCGCCCAUACGUCGCACGACGGCGAAGAGGCCAUGCUUGAGCACGUGAUGGACAUGUCGCAUCUGAUCGUCGAACGGACGACCGUGUUUGCGAGCAUCAUACCGACGGCGGCCGAUCAAAGCGAGGCACGCAUCCAAACGCUCAACUGUCUGUUUGUGAUGUUCAACAACUUUCUGAUCAAGCUGCGCGACGCCAAGUGCAUUCCGCAGGCAUUCACCGAGUACUCGGACCUGCUGGUGGUGCAGUUUGCGGACGAAAGCCAGUGUCACAUCCACCUCAACAUCAUCCAGGCGUUCGUGAUUCUGCUCACGCACUCGUCCUUCAUCUCCGUCGCCGGACAGAUACUGGAUUACUGGUUCCCCGAGGGUGCCCCACCGCCGCAAGCAUUCACGAUCGAUACGGCCGAAGCGGUCCAGAUACUGCCCGAUUGGCUGAAGCUCAAGAUGAUCCGCAGCAACGUGGAGCGGCUGGUCGAUGCUGCCCUGCAGGGGCUGACGCCCGAUCAGAUUGUGCUGUUUGUGCAAAACUUUGGCACACCGGUCGCCUCGAUGUCGAAGCUGCUGGCCGUACUCGAUCGGGCCGUGAUCGUGCAGUACGAUGCGGUUAAUGCGGCCAUCCUCAACAAGAGCUAUCUGGCGCAGUUGAUAGAAAUACAGCAAGCUCGGGGUGCCAAGAAUGGGCACAUUUCCGUCGAAGCACUCGAACUGCAGCCGUCUGUCGACGACUCUGGUGGUGAGCGGAAGUUGGGACCUGCGGCCCUUCAAGCGGCAGCAACCAACGUGGCCGGUGUGAUGGAACCGUACCGCAUCGAGUUGCUACCGGAGGCGGGAGCGAGCAUGCGACGGUCCGUGUCCUCGGACACCCGACCGUCGGGUGGGGGCUCAAAGACGAAAGAAAUCGAAGACGCGGUCGAACUGGUACUCACCGGAACGGUGAAGCUGAACGGUCCGACGGCGAUGGCCAAGUACCGGAAGCUCAUCCAACGGCUGCUGAACACCGGUGGCUCCUCGUCCCGUUCGUCCCGGCACUCGAAGGCGCAAGAAUAUGCCGCUAACAAAACGGUCGCCUACCUUGGUCGACUGAUGAAGAGCCCGCAGGGCCAGGGGUUGAUCAAGGCGAUGGUGCAGAACGCGCAGAUCGUGUGCUUCUUCCGUGCGCUCCUCGAAACGCCGCCGGAAAAGUUCGAAAACCUCAAGUAUCUGCUGCACGUGCUGGACGAGAUCGUACGGUUCGUAAAUCCGCUGCCGAACGCGGUUCUGCUGGAGGUGUUGAUCAGCAAGCGGCAACAGUUGUUCCAAGCGGCCCAGAAAGACACAGCACAGAGUUGUUUUCCCGGCCAACAACCCGUGGCCAACGGUGCGGAGGUUGGUGGCCUGCUGGACGUCCUGACGACGAGUAAGGCGGCGGACGUCGAACGUAAGGGCAUCCAGCAGCUGCGGCGCACAAGCCGCGAGGAACUGAUCAGUGUGGCUUCGACGUUGCUGAAAGGAAAGGGUGGCAUUAAGGCGGAGAAACCUGCGGCCGAGCGUAUGCCGGUCGACGGUGCGCUGGAAGGAUCGUACUGGUUGAUGGAGGGCGAAAAGUGUGGGCUGCUGGUCGAUUGGGUGGCCGAUGCCGACUCGGAGCUGAUCCGCAUCAACAAGCAGCAACAGAUGGAGCUGCUGUUUAGCCGAAGUUUGGCCAACUCGCGACCGUAUUUACUGUCGCUGAUGAGCCAUCAGGUCAGCUGGGCAACGAUCCACCGAACGGUGGACUUGCUGAUGGGUGCCUUCGAUGCCUCGUACGAUCCGGCCUCCGUACUGGACUUUGUAGACACGCUGACGAGGAACCCACGGUUGUGGCAGGGCCGCGAUAAGGCCGUACCGAAGCACGAGCAGAUCGAGUACAUCGUCAGUCUGAGCGAGCAUCAGGCGUGCACCUUCAUCGAUUACAUUCUGGCCGAGGAGGAAGAGGAACGCACAAUCAGGCUGGUGACGGGCAACGAAUCGGUCCGUAGGUUAGGCCAGCGCGUUCGGCUGUUGCUGCACUGUCUGCCGGCAAAGUUCAGGCUGCUCCCGCGACUGGUCGCUUAUGUCGAGGGCCACCGAGUGGGAGGCACCGCGGCGGGAAAACAGUUUCUCCACCAACUGUACCUUAACCUGCCGCCGAUGAAGUUUCUGCUGCCAAACGUUGGCCGAAGCAUUGGCGGCGCCAACCCGACGGCUACCCGGGGCGGUGUGUACGAAGCGGACGUCAGGAAUGCGACGGGCGGGUGUGUGGCGGACAGAUUCACCUACUACGUCCUCACGACGAUCGCGAGCCUCAACAAUCCGCGCGACUUUCAGACGAUGUCGGCCGAAAUGGAACUGAUCGUGCGCAAGCUGGCCGCCUCCCAUCCGACGCUUCUGCUGCGGCAGCUCUCCGUGUUGGCGGCGCUGCUGCAAGGCCGCGCCCAUAUGGACCUGCACGUGAUGCGCUCGGAGUACCACUUCCAUCUGUUCCACCAGGUGAUGGGCAUUCUCGAGCUUCUGGCCCCGCUCGUCUUCCGUGACUGCUACCGGGAUGGGCUGCACAAUGCGCUCGACUGUUUCUGUCAACUGUUGCGCCACCACGGUACGUUCAAGGAAAGCUACACGCUCAUCUUCCGGUUCGUCGAGUUUCUGCAGGCGUAUAUUGCCGCGAACCCGCCGACGGCGAUCGCAUUCGUUGAGCAGUACGCCGACGUGCUGGGAGAGCUGGCGCAUCAGCACUUCGAUCUGCACUCGCUGCAACAGCUCGUGCAGGGUCUUUCGAUGCUGAAGGCCACACCAGGAAACGGUACCGACGAGAAGCCGAAGAAGAACGAUAUUAUGGCCGAUUUGGACCUGCUCGCCAGUGUGGCCCAGAUCGGGGACGGGAACGCGCCGGUGCCGAACGGCGAUCGGCAGCUGGUGCCAGCGGUCGGUCGUGGACGCGGGCGGAAAGGAAUUGCUGCUGCAGCAGGACUCAUGCUGACGCCGUACGUAAAAAAUGACACGCUGCCGAUGCAUUGGGCCGAACUGGUCGGUGUGUUGCGAUCGCGCGAUGUCGAUGAAGUGAGUGUUCCGCUGAUGGAACUCGAUGCCCUGACCGCCAAGCGGCCCGCACUGCUCGAAGACAUCUUCGACGACGUCGUACGCUUCGUGCAGCACCCUUCGCCCAACAUACGCCAGCUGGCGCACAAUUUGGUAGCACGGUGGCUGAAGCAGAAUCCCGGCAGUGGCUCGACCAAUGCCACGGCGUUGGCCGCGUUUGUGCAGUGCCUUAACCACGACGUGCUGGCCGUUGCUUACAGUGCCCUGGACAAAACGACGGAGUACACCCUGUGCCUUCAGGAGUACGCACCCCAGAUUCUGACGGCGGUCUUCGAACUGGGCAUUGGCUGUCGCAUCAACACGUACAGCGCGCUGAGGCGGUGUGUUCAAGCGCUCAAGAAGCAACACGCAUGCUAACGGGCCACCUCGUGGAACUGCGGAACUAAAAUCGAUGCGUGAAGCGAAUCGAAAAUGGACAUUUGGGCGUACAGAUUGGUUUCGUUGUGAAU